AUGGCCAGCUCGCUUCGAUCGUCGACACCAUCGAGGAUGGCGCUGCGGGCGCUCACCCGCAGUGAUGCCGUCCAUGCACGCACCAUCUCGACCAACGUCUCCAAGCUCAGCGCUGCAUCCGCAUCUUCCUCGUCGUCCUCUCCUACCGCUACUUCGUCCUCAGCCUCGCGGGGACAGGCCCGUGGAUACGCUUCCCCCUCGUCACCCGCGUCCAUGGCGACGCCCAUCGAGGUGGCGCAGCCCGACGUGCGCGCCGGCAUCGGUAGCAAGAUGGGCUCGGGCAAGAAUCUGCUCAGCGACAUUAUCGCCGCCGCUCCCAAGCACUCGACAGCCAACCGACCCAUCUAUCUCGAUGCGCAGUCCACUACACCCGUCGAUCCGCGUGUGGUGGACAAGAUGAUGCCGUACAUGACCAACCAGUACGGCAACCCGCACUCGCGCACGCACGCCUAUGGAUGGGAGUCCGAAAAGGGUGUCGAGGAGGGCCGCGAGCACAUCGCCAGCCUCAUCGGCGCCGACCCCAAGGAGAUCAUCUUUACCUCGGGCGCCACCGAGUCCAACAACAUGGCGAUCAAGGGUGUUGCGCAUUUCUACAAGUCCAAGAAGAACCACAUCAUCACCACGCAGACCGAGCACAAGUGCGUGCUCGACUCGUGCCGUCGUCUGCAGGAGGAGGGCUUCGAGGUGACCUACCUGCCCGUGCAGUCCAACGGUCUGAUCGACCUCAAGCAGCUCGAGGAUGCGCUGCGACCCACCACGGCGCUUGUGUCGAUCAUGGCGGUCAACAACGAGAUCGGCGUGAUCCAGCCCAUCAAGGAGAUCGGCCAUCUGCUCAAGACCAAGGGCGCCGAGAUCGCCAAGCAGAGCGGCCGCGGUGCCACCAAGCCCUUCUUCCACACCGAUGCGGCGCAGGCUGCGGGCAAGAUCCCGCUCGAUGUCAACGAGCUUGGCAUCGACCUCAUGAGUCUGUCGAGCCACAAGCUGUACGGACCCAUGGGCAUCGGCGCAUGCUACAUCCGCCGUCGUCCGCGUGUGCGUCUGGAGCCCAUCAUCAACGGAGGUGGACAGGAGCGUGGACUGCGAUCGGGCACGCUGGCGCCUCAGCUCAUCGCUGGAUUCGGCGAGGCGGCGCGUCUGGCCAAGCAGGAGCUCGCGUACGACCACGCGCACAUCACCAAGCUCUCGGAGCGUCUGCGCAACACGCUCGAGGCCAACAUUACGCACGUGCUCUUCAACGGCGACCCCAACGGCUACCCGGGCUGCCUCAACCUCACCUUCCAGUACGUCGAGGGCGAGUCGCUCCUCAUGGCGCUCAAGGACAUCUGCCUCUCGUCUGGAUCGGCGUGCACGUCGGCCUCGCUCGAGCCGUCGUACGUGCUGCGUGCGCUCGGCCUCAACGACGAGAACGCACACUCGUCGCUCCGAUUCGGCAUCGGCCGAUUCACCACCGAGGAGGAGGUCGACUAUGUCGCAGACAAGAUCAUCCGUGUCGUCAACAAGCUUCGCGACAUGAGCCCGCUCUGGGAGAUGGUCCAAGAAGGCAUUGACUUGGACAGCAUCUCUUGGUCUGGUUGA